AUGAAAUCACAGCAGCAACACGUCUCGGAGGAUGAUCCUCAAACCAUCGUUGCACUCAACUCACGAGCUUCAAAGUCAGUCAAUGGUGGAGAAAACUCAGAUGCGAUCCCAGUUGAUCUCAUCUUCGAAAUACUCUUGAAAUUGCCGACGAAAUCUAUAGCGAGAUGUCGUUGUGUAUCGAAGCUAUGGUCUUCCAUACUUCUCCGUACAGAUUUCACGGAGUUGUUCUUGACCAGAUCUACAAGUCCCCCGCAACUCUUGUUCUCCUGCCCAAAUAAUAACGACGAGUUGUUCUUGUUCACGGCACCGCAGGUCCAAAAUCCAGAUCAGAACUCUUGUCUUGUAUCCCGGAGUUAUCACACGAAGCCCCCCUUUGAUUGUUCCCCUCGAAUUUGUGGUUGUGUCGGCGGUUUGGUCUGUCUUAUAUAUCUGCGGAACUUAGAGGGAGGGAAGGAAAUUGUACCAAUGAUAUGCAAACCUAGCACUGGACGACAAGCCGCCUUACCUUUACCCGCAUUGAAGACGACGGAGUUUCACGUGAUAAGCUUUUUUGUUUAUGAGACCAUUGGUAAACUAUUCAAGGUAUUGUCCAUGAUCUGGCCACGUCAUGGAAUCGAAGGGAACUUUAUGGUCGAUGAUCGCCCUUCAGGGAUUUCUACGAUAGUUUGCUUUGAUGUUAGGUCUGAAACGUUUAGAUUUGUCAAGAAAGAUAUAGCAAUGUGUACUGAUUCAACUCUGGUUAACUAUGAGGGUAGAUUAGGUGCACUUCAGUCAGAUGAGGGUAAUGAAAGAGCUAUUGGAGAAGAUACACGUCUUGAGUUGUGGGUUCUGGUAGACACUGAGAAAAAUGAAUGGUCGAAGAACGUAUAUGCAUUGCCCCCGUUGUGGAAGAAUAUAGUUCCAACGGCUGAGUUAUAUCUAGUUGGAUUGACUAGCACAAAUGAUAUUGUGUUGUCCCAACGCUAUCCAUCUACCAUUUUCAAUAUUUUCUACUACAAUCUCGAGAGGCACACAAUCAUAAAAGUUGAAAUCCAAGGAAUGGAUGUGUAUUUCUAUAACUAUCAUAGAGUUCGAACCUAUCUAAACGUGUAA